AUGGACAAGGACUUGGCUUCUUCCCCUCACAGGGUCCGCAAAUAUAAUCCCACUCUGGGAGCUGCUCCCAGCCCCAGUCGCAUCCCAGGGUUGCCUGUCCGGCCCAUGGGAAGUGGGGGACUGGUGCUUCUCAGUCCUGUGCUGAGGAAAGAAAUCCGCCUGGACUCUUCCAGCCAGGAUGCCACCCGGCAGAUCCCCCUUGUGAAGGGGAGACCAAGCACCAAGCCCAGCUGCAGGGUUGGAAGCUCCAAGGAGCUGAGCAGAGCGGAGCUGCCCAUCCCGUGCCCUCUCCCUGCUGUCCCCAAAUCCCAACCAUGGACAGCAGCCAAUGGUUUGGCACCCAGGAAACUGAGUGCUAUCUCACUAACGCUCCGCCGCAGCAGCUGUGACCCUCCACCUGACCGGCGUCUCCUCUCACCAGGCACAGUGAGGAGGGAGCUCCGGGCUCCGCUGGGGAAGGAAGCACUAGGAAGAGGGGAGGUGCCUUUGCCAUGUCUGCAGCCACUGCCAGGGUUACCAACACUGCCCCAGCGGAUGCCCCUUGGCUGCAUGGAGAUGAGAACGGACAUCAGGCAAAACAGUGCCCUAGCACCAGGCUCAGAGGUGCCCACCACUUUGCUACACUCUGGCCCACGCUUUCGGAGAUGCUUGGCCCCUAUUUCUCCGCUUCCUCCUGUGCCACAUCCCAUGGACCCAUCCAUGACAGAAGUGGAUAAAGAGGACCAUGCGACUGCCAAUCAGUACAGUGACCACCACAGCACAGACGCUCCCCCAGGGCUUGCUGACAGAGAGAGGAUGCCAAGCCCUGUUUUUAAGUUGUGUUCAGAGAGGAAGGCUCUGAGGGGGCAGCUCUCUGCAGCAGAUGCCACAAUGCCUAGUGUUAUGGGCACAGCUGGGUCAGCAUGGCCAGCAGACACCAGGACUGACGCAGCUAUGUCUGACCUGGUGCCGGAGCCCCGGCAAAAACCAGUAGUGCCGAUGAAACCUGUUAGCAUUAAUUCCAAUCUGCUGGGCUACAUUGGGAUCGACACCAUCAUUGAGCAAAUGCGCAAGAAGACCAUGAAGACAGGAUUUGACUUCAACAUCAUGGUUGUAGGUCAAAGUGGGCUGGGGAAAUCAACACUGGUGAACACUCUCUUCAAAUCCCAGGUGAGCCGCAAGUCUUCAGGCUGGAGCCGUGAGGAGAAGAUCCCUAAGACAGUGGAGAUUAAAGCUAUAGGGCAUGUCAUCGAAGAAGGUGGUGUCAAGAUGAAGCUGACGGUAAUUGAUACCCCAGGAUUUGGUGACCAGAUCAACAAUGAGAACUGUUGGGAGCCAAUUGAGAAAUACAUCAAUGAGCAAUAUGAAAAGUUUCUGAAGGAGGAAGUGAAUAUUGCGAGGAAGAAACGAAUCCCAGACACGAGAGUCCACUGCUGCCUCUACUUCAUUUCUCCCACAGGUCACUCCUUGCGACCUUUGGACCUGGAGUUCAUGAAACACCUCAGCAAAGUAGUAAACAUCAUCCCUGUUAUCGCCAAGGCAGACACCAUGACCCUGGAAGAAAAGAUUGAAUUCAAGCAAAGGGUGCGCAAAGAACUAGAGGUGAAUGGGAUCGAGUUUUACCCUCAGAAGGAGUUUGAUGAGGACCUGGAGGAUAAAACAGAGAAUGACAAAAUCAGGCAGGAAAGCAUGCCGUUUGCAGUGGUGGGCAGUGACAAGGAAUACCAAGUGAAUGGCAAAAGAGUCUUGGGAAGGAAAACACCCUGGGGAAUCAUUGAAGUGGAAAACCUUAAUCACUGCGAAUUUGCCCUCCUUCGAGACUUUGUCAUAAGGACCCACCUCCAAGACCUAAAAGAAGUGACACACAACAUCCACUAUGAGACUUACAGGGCCAAACGACUAAAUGACAAUGGGGGCCUCCCCCCAAUGACCGUUGAGACAGAGGAAAACCAUGAAAGUAACCUGUGAAUUACCCUCUUCUUGUCACUCACUGUCUCUGGAUAUUACCACC